ACGGUGGAGCUCACUCUAGAUCUGCAUUGGAGUAAUGGUACACGUAUGUAGUCGCAACACUCAUAUAUAAUAUGUAUAUAUUUUAUCCUCCAGCCGAAUUUCAUCAAUCACACAAGCUCAAUUCCGAUCCACAAGCACAAUGUCCGAAUUCAAUCCUACCUGGCAACAACCCAGCCACCCGGAUCGCCUGCAAGUCCUCAAAGGCGACCAACCCUUUCAAUCCUCCGCCCGCUCCCUCAUCGCUCUCCCCGCAGGAGCCCUCUUCGCCAAAAUCACCACCGCCACGCGCGCCCCCCAAACCACCUACACCUCCGUCGCUGACGGCCCCGACUCCCGCAUCGAACUCAACUCCGACCUGGUCUACUGCAACCACUCGUGCCAACCCACCCUGGUCUUCGACAUGACUCGCUUCGAGGUCCGCGUGGCUGACGACCGGCCGCUUGCCGUCGGCGACGAACUUACUUUCUUCUACCCCAGCACCGAGUGGACGAUGGUGCAGGCCUUCCAGUGCCAGUGCGGGGCGGGUGACCAGUGCUUGGGCAUGAUCUCGGGAUCGCGCGAUAUCGAGCCAGCCUUGCUUCAGGGGUAUUGGCUGAAUGAGCAUGUGGGGAGGUUGUUCGGUGAAAAGGUACAGCUGGAGAAGAAUGCGCCAUUAGGCCGAGACUCGCAGCCGGCAUUAGUGUAGAAGUUGUGGGUCGAGAAUAUGAUCUGUUGAAAUUGUCACUGUGAACACUCUGUAUUGAGAAUAGA